UACGCCGGGAACACUUUCUUCACGACCAGAGUACUUUGCGCGGAAUGCGGCCGUUCUGCCUCGUCGUCGGUGUGUUCCUGCUGCUCCGAUGGCCGGCAUUGAGAGUUGCUUGGGCACCGGUGGCCAGGACCAUCACCGUGGAUCAACAUGGAGGAGGGGACUACUGGACGGUGCAGUCGGCGGUGGACGCCGUGCCGUACGGCAACAGCCAGUGGGUCAGGAUCUACGUCAAGCAAGGGAGCUACAGGGAGAAGGUGACAAUCCCAAGCCAGAAAGGCUUCAUUUUGCUCCAAGGUGACGGCUCCUUCAAUACCGACAUCAACUUCGACGGGCACGGCUACGGCACCGACGCGCCCGGCAUCCCGAUCACGGGCCGGAACCGCCGCAACCUCACGGACAUCUCGCCGACGUACACCAGCGCCACCUUCAGAGUCAAUGCCGACAACUUCGUCGCCCGCAACAUCGCCUUCAAGAACACGUUCAACGGCGGGCACCCGGCGGUGGGGGUGUUGAUCGACGGCGACAAGGGCGCGUUCUACGACUGCGCCUUCCACGGGUUCCAGGACACGCUGUGCGACCUCAUGGGCCGGCACUACUUCCGCCGCUGCCUCGUGGAGGGCGGCGUCGACUUCAUCUUCGGCUACGGCCAGUCCAUCUACGAGGACUGCACCCUCGUGUCCAACAUGCCGGCGUGGUCCCAGCAGCCCGGGUGGGUGACGGCGCACGGCAGGGCCGGCGGUAGGAGCGCGGCGCUCGUGUUCAAGGGCGGCGCGAUCACCGGCUCCGGCCGGCAGUACCUCGGCCGCGCGUGGAACGAGCAGGCCACCGUGGUGUUCUUCCAGGUGAACAUGGCCGGCAUCGUCGUCCCGCAGGGGUGGGACAAGUGGACGCCCGGCCAAGAUGUGUCACAGGUGACGUUUGCGGAGGUCGGAUGCAGUGGCCCGGGCUCCGGCACCGCCGGAAGAGUGCCAUGGGAGAAGCACAUGAGCUAUGCAGAGGUGCAGAGGUUCGUGGACAUCAGGUUCAUCGAUGACGGUUGGCUAUCCAAUCAGCCCUAGUUGAGGCACUUGUGGCCGGAUAGCUAUGGACUAGCAGUAGUAGCAAAAUAAAUCGAGCUGUAUAUUCGAGGUAUAUGAUCCAAUGUAAUGGGGAAGAAGGGCUUAGGAGUUAGGACUGAGCAACAAGACAGAAGAGACACACACAAAAUUAAGACCUUUGAGGAAUUUUACAGAGU